UUUUUACAGAGACCGUGAACGCAGCGUCACGUAUCCUCGUGACCACGUGACGUUUUGUUGACGGUAGGAGAAGCAAGAUGGCGGCACGGUGGAGCAGCGAGAAUGUGGUGGUGGAGUUCAGAGACGCUCAGGCCACUGCCAUGUCCGUGGACUGUCUGGGCUCACACGCCGUGCUGUCCGGGCGGCGGUUCCUGUACAUGGUGAACCUGGAGGCUCCGUCUGAAGCUCCGAGGAAGAUCGGCCGGCAGAGUAAGUGGGACGUGGGGACGGUGCAGUGGAACCCUCACCGGGCGGAGUCUCACAUGUUCGCCGCCUCGAGCAACCAACGUGUGGACCUGUACUCAUGGAAGGACGGCUGUGGAGAAGUUCACACCUCCCUGCAGGGACACACCCGAGUCAUCAGUGAUCUGGACUGGUCCUGGUUUGAGCCUGAGUUUCUGGUCACCAGCUCAGUGGACACGUACAUCUACAUCUGGGACACAAGAGACACUCGGAAACCCACGGUGGCGCUGUCUGCAGUCGCCGGGGCGUCUCAGGUGAAGUGGAACAGGAAGAACCAGUACCUGCUGGCGUCCAGUCAUGACGGAGAUGUUCGGAUCUGGGACAAAAGAAAGCCGAACACGGCGGCCGAGUACGUGGCGGCUCACCUGUCCAAGAUCCACGGGCUGGACUGGCAUCCGGACAACGAGUUCAUCCUCGCCACGUCCAGUCAGGACAACUCAGUGAGGUUUUGGGAUUUCCGACAGCCCAGGAAGUACCUGAACAUCCUGUCCUGUCAGGUCCCGGUGUGGAAGGCCCGGUACACGCCGUUCUCCAACGGUCUGGUGACCGUCAUGGUUCCUCAGCUGAGGAGAGAGAACAGUCUGCUGCUGUGGAGCACGCUCGACCUCAACAGUCCGGUCCACGCCUUCGUCGGACACGACGACGUCGUGCUCGAGUUCCAGUGGAGGCCGCAGAAAGAAGGUUCGAAGGACUACCAGCUGGUCACGUGGUCCAGAGACCAGACUCUGAGGAUCUGGAGGGUGGACCCUCAGCUGCAGAAGCUGUGUGUCUCUGACGUGGUGGAGGACCUGAUGGACGGGAUGUCCCUCACCGUGGAGACAGAGAAGUCUUUGUCGUCUCAGGAGCCGGACAGUCACCACAGCAUCGGACCUGCAGCUGAAAACCUGCAAGAUGACUCUGGCGGCCGUCAGGACUCUGCGGUGGGUUCAGGUGUGCCUCAGACUCUGCAGCAGGAGUUCUCUCUGGUCAACCUGCAGAUCAGGAACGUCAACGUGGAGAUGGAUGCGUUGAACCGGAGCUGCAUGGUGUCGGCUCACUUCGGCAGUCAUCAGGUUCACCUGGUGGUCAAGUUUCCCGCUCAGUAUCCAAACAACGCCGCGCCCACCUUCCAGUUCGUCUCCCCGACGACCAUCCCAUCCGCCAUGAAGACCAAGAUCCAGAAGAUUCUGACGGACACGUCGCUGCAGAAGGUGAAGAGGAACCAGAACUGUCUGGAACCGUGUGUCCGACAGCUGGUGUCCUGUCUGGAAUCAGACAUGACUCAGGAGGACGGCCCCCCCUCCGGCCCCUUCGUCCUGUCCAAUCCCGUCACUCCGGCCCUGCCAGCAUUUCCUCGAGUCACCAACACAUACGGCUCCUAUCAGGACGCCAACAUCCCGUUCCCUCGGACGUCUGGCGCUCGUUUCUGUGGCACCGGCUGUCUGGUCUACUUCACCCGACCAAUCACCAUGCACCGAUCGGCCCCGCCCACCGAGCCCACCCCCAGGUCCCUGUCAGCGCUCUCAGCCUAUCACAGUGGAGUGUUAACCCCGAUGAAGAUGCGUUCAGAGUCUCAGAGCACUCUGCGUCUGUACAGCGGCAGCCCGACUCGCUCCGACAAAGACACCGUGUCCAUCUCAUCGUUCUACUACAAAGAACGGAAGCUCCCAAUCUCUGCCUCCCGCCGCUGGUCUGUCCAAACCCUCCAUGAUUGGCCGAAAUCCCGCCGGUUUAAGACGAAGCGAGAGGGGACGGACUACGGCAACCGUCCAAUCAAACUGGCCGGGAAGGUCAUCAUCCAGGAGAUUUCCUGUCUGCUGCCGGUCCACAAGAAUCUAGGAGAGAGCUACAUUCUGAACAUGAACGACAUUCAGGAAACGUGUCAGAAGAAUCAGGCGGCAGCGCUCACAGUCGGACGCAGAGACGUCGCCAAGGUUUGGGCCCUGGCGUCUGCAGCGACCAAUCAGGACCUGAGUCCAGACUCGGACCCGGACACGGAGACGCCCUGGGCCAGACACCCAUUUGGACGCCACCUGCUGGAGACUCUUCUGGAUCACUACAGUCACAUGAGUGACGUCCAGACGCUCGCCAUGCUGUGCAGCGUGUUCAGAGCUCAGGCUCCGCCCCCUGACUGUUACCCCCUGUACGCUCAUCAUCCGUCACGCCCCGCCAUGUUCCCGCCACACCACUCCCGAUACCCCAGCUACACGUCCAGCUCCGUCACCUCGGGCUCGUGCUCCAGCACGUCGGACUCCAUCACCGCGACCACCUGGAACACAGGCAGAGACUCCGAGCACGCCAACCCCUGGGGAGAGCCGUCACCUGACGACUAUCGCUACGGCAACCAGGGUUACACGGAUCCACGGGAGCGGGAGCGCGAGCAGCACGACAUGAACAAGAGGUUGCUGGACCCGACCAACAUGCUUCAGUUUGACGACUUCAAGAAGUGUUACGGGGAGAUCCUGUACCGCUGGGGCCUCCGGGACAAACGGGCCGAUGUCCUCAAGUUCGCCUCCUGCCCGCCAGAACCUCACAAAGGCAUCGAGUUCGGGGUGUACUGCUGUCACUGUCGCAGUCAGGCUCGUGGGACGCAGUGUGCCGUCUGUAAGCGCCUCACCUUCCAGUGCGCCGUCUGUCACGUGGCGGUCCGCGGCUCGUCCAACUUCUGCCUGAGCUGUGGACACGGAGGACACACCAGUCACAUGAUGGACUGGUUCCGCCGCCAGGACGAGUGUCCGGCCGGCUGCGGCUGCCACUGUCUGCUGCAGAGCACCUUCUGACAGGAGGGACGCUCUGAGGACUGAAACCAACGCACCUGCCAACUGACAGGCAGCGUGGACGUGGCGUCAGUCCGUCUGAUGGACAUGCUUGGUCCUCAGAGGAGAAACCCUCCUGAUGGGAUGAACUGUUUGUUUGGCGCCACCUUCAGGACGAGAUGAUGAAGUGUCUCACUGCAGUCUGUGGUGCGUUCACUGACCUCAGUCACUAAUGUAACUUCAGCUAACGAACAUUUUUCUACAUCAGAAGGACUUUUUGUUUUUUGUUACUAAUUAUGUUUAAUUAAUUAAAAUCUAAAUUGUUUUUGAGUUGUUACUUUUGGACAGGAAGUGACAUCAUUAGUUUUUUUGUUUUGCUGUGAUGAUGUCACCUCGUUAGCCACGCCCACACAGUGAGUCACAUGACGGAUUUUAAAUGUGACAUAAAAAAAGUUUCUGAAUGUUUUUUUCUGUAAAAUAAUAAAAGUCUGUUUGAAUUCA